AUGGGUACACUUUUUUCUCCUGAAUGGUCCUUGUCACUUCUCAACAGCAUCAAUGCGAUUAACGCGGUCAUCCUCCAUUCCAUUACUGUACGUGGACAUUGCUCCAUGUCGGCUCGUAGCGAUAAAUGUAUGGACUGCCGGCUCUGUUUCUCUCCCACCAGCGUAACCGAAAUUGAAGUUCCAGCAAAGAAAAACGGGACUUUCGUCGAGCGCUAA